ACCAGCUCCAUCAGCGAACAGGACACGCAGGGUCCCAAGUCAGAAGUCUCGCCCUCUACUUCAGUGGUAACUGCAGAGCAACAGCAAGAAGAACCAAUUCGGCUUCAGAGGAUGCCUGCUGCUCCCUCCCCCACCAUUCAAUCCAUUUCUCUAGCUGUACCAAAGCCCAGAGCUCACCAGCUCAAUAUCAAGUCAUUCACAAGCCCUACCCAGUGCAGUCACUGCACCUCUCUCAUGGUGGGAUUGGUUCGACAAGGGUAUGCCUGUGACGUGUGUUCAUUUGCAUGCCAUGUUUCCUGCAAGGAUAGCGCACCCCAGGUCUGCCCCAUACCCCCUGAGCAAGCCAAAAGGCCUCUCGGAGUAGAUGUGCAAAGAGGAAUAGGCACCGCCUAUAAAGGUUACGUCAAGGUCCCAAAGCCCACCGGAGUUAAGAAAGGGUGGCAGAGGGCUUACGCAGUUGUCUGCGACUGUAAACUCUUCCUGUACGAUGUGCCUGAAGGAAAAUCCACCCAGCCAGGAGUUGUUGCAAGUCAAGUCUUGGAUCUCAGAGAUGAAGAUUUUUGCGUCAGCUCUGUCCUGGCGUCGGACGUGAUCCACGCGACUCGCAAAGACAUCCCGUGUAUAUUCAGGGUGACGGCCUCUCUCCUGGGUUUGCCUUCCAAGUCCUGUUCCCUGCUGAUCCUGACGGAAAACGAGAACGAGAAGAGGAAGUGGGUCGGCAUCCUGGAAGGGCUGCAGUCCAUCCUGCACAAGAACAGGCUGAAGAACCAGGUGGUGCACAUCCCGCAGGAAGCCUACGACAGCACGCUGCCCCUCAUCAAGGCCAGCUUAGCCGCUGCCAUCGUAGAUCGAGAUAGAAUAGCAAUUGGUUCAGAAGAAGGACUGUACGUGAUAGAGGUGACACGUGACGUGAUAGUCCGAGCUGCUGACUGCAAGAAGGUGUACCAGAUAGAGCUGGCUCCCAAGGAGAAGAUCAUCAUCCUGGUCUGCGGCCGAAACCACCACGUCCACCUGUACCCCUGGGCCUCCCUGGACGGCUCGGAGGGCAACUUUGACAUGAAGCUGGCGGAGACCAAGGGCUGCCAACUGAUCACCACGGGGGCGCUGAGGAAGAGCUCCUCCACUUGUCUGUUUGUGGCUGUCAAACGCCAGGUUUUCUGCUACGAAAUCCACAGAACUAAACCUUUCCACAAAAAAUUCAGUGAAAUCCAGGCUCCGGGAACUGUGCAGUGGAUGGCAGUGUUCAAGGACAAGCUCUGUGUUGGCUACCUGUCUGGGUUCUCUCUGCUGCCCAUCCAGGGAGAUGGACAGUCUAUAAACCUGGUAAAUCCCAAUGACCCCUCGCUUAUCUUCCUCUCCCAGCAGUCUUUUGAUGCCCUUUGUGCUGUGGAGCUCAGUAAUGAGGAAUUCCUGCUUUGCUUCAGCCAUAUGGGAGUUUACGUCGAUUCGCAAGGUCGAAGGUCUCGCAUGCAGGAACUAAUGUGGCCUGCAACUCCUGUUGCCUGUA